GGUUUACUCACCAGCGACUGCAACGUUAAUUUUGGCGAGCUCUGUGGCUUGCGUCUGAGGUCAAAGCUCGAAUACGCGAAUUAAAGACAAAACCCGGCAUUCAAAACCACUUGCAAGCAAAGCACAGUGAGAUCGUUACGCUUCGUUUUGAUCAGUUUAAUCGAUCAUCAUCGCAAUCAAGAUUUUCUUACAAUUUGGUGACCUAGGAAUAUGGAUUUGGUGUCUGGUUACAAGGGGGUUGUUGGGCUUGUUUUUGGGAAUGAGAAUUCUGCUUCAAAUGAAGACAGCUAUGUUGAGCGCUUGCUCAACCGAAUAAGCAAUGGUCAACUGGCAGAAGACAGGAGGAGUGCUAUGAUUGAGCUUCAGUCUGUUGUAGUGGAAAGUCAAGCUGCCCAGCUAGCAUUUGGUGCAAUGGGGUUCCCUGUAAUUAUGGGGGUCUUAAAGGAAGAACGUGACGAUGUUGAAAUGGUUCGAGGUGCUCUAGAAACUCUUGUAGGUGCCCUCACUCCUAUUGAGCAUGCAAAAGGGCCAAAGAAUGAGGUUCAACCAGCUUUAAUGAACACUGAUUUACUUUCCAGAGAAGCAGACAGCAUUUCUCUUCUUCUAAGUCUGUUGUCGGAAGAGGAUUUCUAUGUACGAUAUUAUACUCUUCAACUUUUGACAGCGCUCCUCACAAAUUCACCAAAUAGGUUACAGGAAGCCAUUCUGACCAUUCCUCGUGGUAUAACUCGGUUGAUGGAUAUGCUAAUGGAUCGUGAGGUCAUUCGAAACGAGGCCUUACUGUUGCUUACUUAUUUGACCCGUGAAGCUGAGGAGAUUCAAAAAAUUGUGGUAUUUGAAGGUGCUUUCGAGAAGAUUUUCAGCAUCAUCAAAGAGGAAGGAGGUUCAGAGGGUGGUGUCGUUGUGCAGGACUGUCUUGAAUUGUUGAACAAUCUUCUCCGCAGUAAUGCAUCUAAUCAGAUACUACUGAGGGAGACCAUGGGAUUUGACCCCUUAGUAUCAAUUUUGAAACUACGGGGAAGUUCUUACAAUUUCACCCAACAAAAGACAAUUAUUCUACUCAGUGCAUUGGAAACCAUUAAUUUGUUAAUGACGGGAGGUCCAGAGGCUGAUCCUGGAAAAGAUGCGAAUAAGCUGACAAAUAAAACUACGCUGGUUCAGAAAAAAGUAUUGGAUCAUCUUCUGAUGUUGGGUGUUGAAAGCCAGUGGGCACCAGUAGCUGUCCGUUGUGCGGCAUUAAGAUGCAUUGGUGAUCUGAUUGCUGGACAUCCCAAGAAUCUUGAUAUCCUCACAAGCAAAGUUCUUGGAACAGAGCCACAAGUAGAACCUGCUAUGAACUCAAUUCUUCGAAUCCUUUUGCGGACGUCUAGUAUGCAAGAGUUUAUUGCAGCUGAUUAUAUUUUUAAGAACUUUUGUGAGAAAAAUGCCGAUGGCCAAACAAUGUUAGCAUCCACCUUAACUCCUCAGCCGCAUUCAAUGACUCAUGCUCCCCUUGAGGAGGAUGUGAACAUGUCGUUUGGAAGCAUGCUAUUGCGUGGUCUUACAUUGAGUGAAAAUGAUGGUGAUCUUGAGACUUGUUGCAGAGCUGCUAGUGUUCUUUCUCAUGUAUUGAAGGACAAUUUCCAGUGCAAGGAAAGGGUUUUACGAAUUGAACUCGAGGAACCGAUGCCAUCCCUUGGAGCGCCAGAGCCACUAAUGCACCGAAUCGUAAAAUACAUGGCUCUUGCCUCUUCUAUGAAAAAUAAAGAUGGAAAAUCAAGGACAUCAGGAGAUCUGUAUGUUCAGCCAAUCAUCUUGAAAUUACUGGUCACAUGGCUAACUGAUUGCCCUAGCGCAGUCAAUUGCUUCCUAGAUUCACGUCCCCACCUUACAUAUCUGCUUGAGUUGGUAUCGAACUCGUCUGUAACAGUGUGGAUAAGGGGUUUGACAGCAGUUCUCUUGGGAGAAUGUGUGAUUUACAAUAAAUCCAAUGAUAAUGGAAAGAAUGCUUUUGCAGUAGUUGAUACAAUAAGCCAGAAACUCGGGCUUACAUCAUACUUCUUGAAGUUCGACGAGAUGCAGAAAAGCUUCCUUUUUACCUCUGCAAAGUCAGCUCAGCAUCGUAAACCAUUGACAAGAUCUACUGCUGCCAGUUUGGCAGAGAUUGAAGAUGUUGUGGAGAAUGAUUCGCUUGAUCAGAAAGAUGUGGAUCAUCCAAUUCUUUCAGCAAUAUUUGAUGAUCAAUUUGUGAACCUUGUUAAGAGUUUGGAGGCAGAUAUCAGAGAAAGCAUUGUUGAGGUCUACAGUCAGCCAAAGAGCAAGGUGGCAGUGGUGCCAGCAGAAUUGGAGCAGAGAAGUGGUGAAAGUGAUGGAGAGUAUAUCAAAAGGCUGAAAGCAUUUGUAGAGAAGCAAUGCUCUGAGAUUCAGGACCUUCUUAGUCGAAAUGCGCUUUUGGCUGAGGACCUCACAAAAACGGGUGGAGGCGGUUCUUCCCAGCCUGGGCAGAGAGUGAGUGGGGGCUUGGAUAGGGUCCAGGUGGAGACACUCCGGAGAGAACUUCAGGAAACAUCUCAACGGUUGGAGAUGCUGAAAGCAGAGAAAGCACAGAUCGAAUCGGAGGCAUCCAUGUAUCAAAACUUAGCCGGGAAGAUGGAAUCCGAUCUGAAGAGCCUAUCUGACGCUUACAACAGUCUUGAACAAGCCAACUUCCAUUUGGAAAAGGAAGUGAAAGCUUUGAAGAGUGGAGGGCCCGCAACAUUUUCAGAUGUUGAGGCAAUAAAGGCCGAAGCAAGGGAAGAAGCCCAGAAGGAGAGCGAGGCAGAACUGAAUGAUUUGCUUGUGUGCCUCGGGCAAGAACAGAGCAGGGUUGAAAAAUUAAGUGCAAGGUUGCUUGAGCUAGGGGAGGACGUUGACAAACUGCUCGAAGGUAUUGGAGAUGAGAGUGGGCUGCCUGAAGAUGGUGAAGAGGAGGAAGACUGAAUAUAUAUGAGGAAGAGGGGGCAAAUCUCCCCUUCUCGAGCCUCGUGAAAUAAUCUGCCUUAAUUUUUCCUUGUUUUCUUGCAUUUAGGUUUGCUUUUGUUUUCCCGUUCCUUUAUUUGCACGCUAAAACCAGUGUCCCUAUAUGUGUAAAUUAAUGUGGAUUAAUGUUAAUGAUUUGAUCAUUCUUCAAUCUUCA